AUGGUGAAUCCGGAGAAGACCUCGACCAUGAUUUUCACUAGAAAAUAUAAGCCUGAACCAAUAGAGCCGCUGAGGCUUUGGGGCUCAGGAAAUAGGCAUAAGGAAAUAGAGUAUACCUACCCAAUGAAGUAUCUAGAAGUUCACCUGGAUUCAAAGCUGAGCUGGAAAUCACACCUCGAGGAAAAGAGGAAAAAACUGUACACAUCCAUGUGGGCUUGUAGAAGAGUCAUAGGCAGGUACUGGGAUAUUAAUCCCAGGAUCGCCCUGUGGCUCUACAAAAUGAUACUACUACCUAGGUUAACAUAUGCUACGGUUGUCUGGUGGCCUAGGGUGGAGAAGAUGGAGGCGAAGAACCUGCUCAAAAGCCUACAGGGGAAAUACUUGAGGGACGUGACAGGGGCCAUGAAAACCACAUCAACUGAGGCGCUGGAAGUAGCACUUGGCUCUCCGCCUCUGAGCCUAGUUAUAAUCAGCGUAACAAGACGAGCAACAUAUAGAAUGAGGUGUCAGGGGGAGUGGAAGGAAACCAGGCUCGAUGGAUCGGGGGCAAAUGAUCUCUUUGGGAUAGGCAUUUACGGUCCCAAAAUCAAUCAUGAAAAAAGCAUACUAUUAAGGGGGCAGGCCACAGUCUUUCAGGCUGAAGUGUUCGCCAUUUCGAGGUGCGCAGAACUCCUGAUUGAUAGAAAAAUCAGGCAUCGCAUCUGUAUCUGCUCAGAUAACAGAGCAGCUCUUGCUGCACUUGCAAAGAUCACCACAGAAUCGUCUGUAGUUUGGGACUGUAUGCAAGCCCUUGACAAACUAGGGGAAACAAUCCAAGUUACUCUAGUAUGGGUCCCUGGACACCAGGACAUACCUGGUGCACUUAUAAACUCCUGGAAAAAAUCAAAGGGUUGCAAACUGAUAAAGCAACUAACGAAACAACCUAAUCUGGCCAGAACAAAAGAACUGACAGCUAUGGGAAGACACAAACUGAGAAUGGGCAUAGGCCUCCUCACAGGACACUUGCUUCUCAGAGCACACCUAUACAACAUUGGACUAGCCGACCAGAAAAACUGCCGGCUAUGUGGAGAAGAAAACGAGGACAGCAUACAUCUUCUGUGUCGCUGCCCUCUGCUUGCUUGCAAGAGAUACAGAUCCUGGAGCAACACGUUUCUGAUGUCUGAGGAUCUGGACGGAGCAAAGAUAGACGACCUCAUAAGCCUAGUACACGGUACGGGGCUGGGCUAA